CGCGCCAUUCCUACAGGCGUGUGUUUCCCUCACACAUUACAUUACCACUGGCAGAGCUUUAGCAGCUGUCGUUACGAGACUCUGAUUUUCCUGCCUUCCGAGUUUCAGAUAUAUCCAGCUAUGGAUAUGGACGGUGCCAGUUCAGUGGUGCUGCAGGCCUUAACCCAAGCUACCAGUCAGGACACAGCUGUGCUGAAGCCUGCAGAGGAGCAGCUCCGACAGUGGGAGACCCAGCCAGGCUUCUACUCUGUCCUUCUGAAUAUCUUCAAUAACCACAUGCUGGAUGUGAAUGUCAGGUGGCUGGCAGUGCUCUACUUCAAAAAUGGCAUUGACAGAUACUGGAGGAGAGUAGCGCCUCAUGCUUUGUCAGAAGAGGAGAAGACAUCACUGCGUGCUGGUCUUAUCACAAACUUCAACGAGCCUGUAAACCAGAUAGCAACCCAGAUUGCCGUGCUGAUAGCCAAGGUGGCCCGUCUGGACUGCCCCAGGCAGUGGCCGGAGCUCAUUCCUAUUCUGCUCGAGUCCGUGAAGGGUCAGGAUGGCCUGCAGCAGCACCGGGCGCUGCUAACCUUCUAUCAUGUCACAAAAACCCUGGCGUCCAAGCGCCUGGCGCAGGACAGGAGGCUUUUCCAGGACCUGGCGUCGGGCAUCUACAGCUUUGCAUGUUCCCUGUGGAGUCAUCACACGGACUGCUUCCUCCAGCAGAUCUAUGCCAGAGAUGAGGCUGCAGCGCUCAGCUCACUGGAGAGGACUCUGCUCUCUCUGAAAGUUCUUCGUAAGUUGACAGUCCAUGGAUUUCAAGAGCCACAACAGAAUAUGGAAGUGAUGGGUUUCCUGAAUGCAGUGUUUGAAAGGCUAAAACAGUUCUUGGAAUGCUGUCGGCAGGUUGGUCCAGAUAGCACAUGCAGAGAAAAGCUGGAGAAGACAAUCAUACUGUACACUAAAGUUUUAUUAGAUUUCCUGGAGUCCCAUCCCUGUGCAUUUAUACCCUUGAUCCAGCGUUCCCUUGAAUUUGCCGUCAGCUACGUCUUCACACCUGCAGGAGAGGGAGUCACCUUUGAACGCUUCAUUGUUCAGUGCAUGAACCUGAUCAAAAUGAUUGUAAAAAACGACGCCUACAAACCUGCCAAGAACAUCGAUGACAGUAAACCGGAGAGUCUGGAGGCUCACAAGAUCAAGACAGCCUUCUUCACACACCCAACUCUGACAGAGAUUGGACGCCGGCUGGUUUCACACUACUUCCUGCUCACAGAGGAAGAGCUGGCAAUGUGGGAGGAGGACCCAGAGAGCUUUGCUGUCGAAGAAACAGGGGGUGACUCUUGGAAAUACAGUCUAAGGCCUUGUACAGAAGUACUGUUCCUGGAUAUCUUCCACAACUACAGCCAGACACUGACACCCGUGCUGCUGGAUAUGGUUCAGAAUCUCCAGGGACCAACCAAUGUGGAGGAGCCUGUUCAGCUGCUAAUGAAGGAUGCAGUGUACAACGCAGUGGGACUUGCUGCCUACGAGCUGUUCGACAACGUGGAUUUUGACCAGUGGUUCAAGAAUCAGCUGCUUGGAGAGCUUCAAGUCAGCCAUCACAGGUACAAGCUGAUCCGCCGACGAGUCAUCUGGCUAAUAGGACAGUGGAUCUCUGUCAAGUUCAAAUCAGACCUUCGACCUUUACUCUACGAGGUCAUCCUAAGCCUCAUGCAGGAUCCUGACCUGGUGGUGCGUAUCGAGACCGCUACGACACUGAAGCUCACUGUUGAUGACUUUGAGUUCCGGACGGAGCAGUUUCUCCCAUACCUCGAGUCCAUCUUCGGGCUGCUUUUCCAGUUGUUACAGCAGGUGACCGAGUGUGACACCAAAAUGCAAGUUCUCCAUGUCAUCUCCUGUGUCAUUGAGAGAGUCAACAUCCAGAUCCGGCCGUAUGUCGGCUGUCUGGUUCAGUACCUGCCGCUGCUCUGGAAGCAGUCUGAAGAACACAACAUGCUCCGAUGUGCCAUACUCACUACACUCAUCCACCUGGUCCAGGGCCUCGGGGCAGAGAGUAGGAACCUGUACCCUUUCCUUCUUCCUGUCAUCCAGCUGAGCACGGACGUUUCCCAGCCGCCACACGUGUAUUUGUUAGAGGACGGACUGGAGCUUUGGUUGGUGACUCUAGAGAACAGCCCUGCAAUCACCCCGGAGCUGCUCCGAAUUUUCCAGAACAUGUCAGCUUUGUUAGAGCUAAGCUCCGAGAACCUGCGCACCUGCUUUCAAAUCGUGAACGCCUAUAUCUACCUGUCGGCCACUGAGUUCCUGCAGAACUAUGCAGAAUCAUUGUGUAGAUCCUUCUGUGAUCUGCUCAAAGACAUCACGAAUGAAGGACAGGUCCAGGUGCUCAAGGUGGUGGAGAUAGCUUUAAAGGUUAGCCCCAUACUGGGAGCCCACAUGUUCCAGCCCCUGCUGCCAGCUGUCUUCAGAGGAAUCGUAGACGGUGAGAGGUAUCCCGUGGUGAUGUCCACCUACCUAGGAAUCAUGGGCCGCGUCCUGCUGCAGAACUCCAGUUUCUUCUCCUCUCUGCUCAAUCAAAUGGCCUCUGAGUGCAGCCAGGAGAUGGACCAGUUACUAGGCAGCGUGAUCGAGAUGUGGGUCGACCGCAUGGACAACAUCACUCAGCCUGAAAGGAGAAAGCUGUCAUCGCUCGCUCUGCUUUCCCUCCUACCAUCUGACAACAGUGUGAUCCAGGACAAAUUUUGUGGCAUCAUCAACAUCUGCGUUGAAGCUUUGCACGAUGUAAUGACAGAAGAUCCUGAAACAGGCACCUUCAAAGACUGCAUGCUGAUGAGCCAUUUUGAGGAGCCCAAGCUGAGUGAUGAUGAGGAGCCACCAACCGAGCAGGACAAGAGGAAGAAGCUGUUGGCCCUAGAGGACCCGGUGCACAGCGUUUCCCUGCAGCAGUACGUCUAUGAGAAGCUAAAGGCGCAGCAGGCUCUGUUGGGGGACCAGGGCUUUGGGGCACUGAUGGAGACGGUGGACACAGAGCUCGUCAGGCAGCUCCAAGAGUUCCUGCAAGGCCUCUGAAUCCCGUCUGCGCUCCCUGUUACUGACAUCAGAUGCUACCCCACAUUUUCAAAGUGUACUGGAAAGGAUCUGCCUAACGUGUGGACCCCACAUCUAAACCUUCCCAACCUCUGCUCAUGCUAUGCCUUAUCUAUAUUCUAGCCUUGUUGACUGUCCCUAGCUAACUCCACUCGCCCAUUUCUCUACGAUCCUGACUCCUUUACAUCUUUUUUUAAUCAACAUGUGGUUUAUGUGGGUACUUAUAAAUGUCUAACACCCACCGAGAAACAUCACCACACCAGAGCUUCCACUUAAUUCCUCUAGUUUCUUCUCUUUCUGUGGUUUCAAGGUGGUAUGGGAUGGAUGGUUUCAAAGUUGAGCAAGCUUAGGAGCGUGGAGGAAGAGCCAGAGCUGGAGCCUUGGACUAAUUUCUACCAGAUUGUAGCAGAAACGUGGACGAAGCGUACCUAAAGGACCUAAAGCAGUGUUUACAGAAUCUAUUCUUAAAAGAGAAAAAAGAAAAUGUAAUUUUGUAUGUAUGUAAAGUAUGGAUGAUAUUCUGCAUGACUGUAUUUGACUUUUUAGUUUGUUUUUACUUUACGUUAAAUCUCUUCCAUUAAGAAAGUCAUAACCAGAGGUCAAGCUGAAGAAACUACUGAGAAGACGAGAAAGUGAUUCCCUCUCUUUAUUAUUUUACUUUCAAGGGAAUUUUUCUCUCCACUUUCAAAAGGCUUAUUUUUAUUGCGAGAGUGCUGAACCACAUUUCUAUGUAAAUACAUACUGCUGCUAAUUGAUAGUGUGUCCGAGCACUUUAAAACCAAAACCAGUUUCACAUGUUUUUUCUCAGUGGUACAUUUUCUCACAUCUUUAACACGCUGGUAGAAGGCCUUUGGAGCGGUGCAGCAGGAUUAAUUAAUUGUUUCAUUCUUGCUGUAUCUUGUGUCUUGAUGUGUCUCUACAACUGACUGCAAAUGUAACAGAAUUAUGUUAUCUCUACAGCGACUUUUAUUUGAAUGGGUUUGUUCAUUUGUAACCAAACUGGCUAAUGAAGAAGUCACAUUGUACGAAAGUGUUACUUUGAGUCAAGAUACAUAGUGUUUUGUGUAGUGUCCUGCCAGUUUUUCCUCAUUUCACUAGUCAUUGAUAGUUCUUAGAGGUAGCGAUUAAGCUUUGGUUUUUUUUAAGAGAAGAUCUAAGACACUGCAAAAACUAAAAUCUCUCUUAUGUUAAGUCAAAGAUAUCUCGUUGGACUUUUUCAAGCCACAUUCUCUUAACAAGUCCAUUUAAGUCAAGUUCAAGAUUUAACAGCAAAGUCACCUGUUUUGAUUCUGGAGUAGACUUUUGAAAAUGCCUCUAACUUUAAACAGAUGGACGUGUAGCUGAAGGUCUUGCGGCUCCUUACAAACAGCUGCACCAUUACCGUUUGAAGUGCCCCGUAAACUAUUCUAACCAGAAUCUUUUUUUUAACAUAGUUAUAGGGUUAGUUAUACGAGCUCAGUUUCCACUACAACUACUGACACAUUCUACGUUCUUAUAAGGCAAACGUGUCGUGCCUACUGUGGCUUAUCUUUUUAAUCAGACAUCAGAAGAAUAAUUUGACAGCCACUUUAAAGACAAAUUUUCAUUUUGCUCUUUUAGUCAGGGGCAGUUUUUUCUGAGCUAUUGUCAGAAAGAUCAAGAAAGUCUAUAAAACACAGGCAAUGAGUAAGAUGGGGAGCUCAUGAUGGCAUACGUGAGCCACUAUCCUCUGAUUCAGAAAUGUCCUAAAGUUGUCGUUACUAAAGCCAAGGUCGGACUACACAUUUUUUUUUGCCUGUCACAGUGGUCAUCAUGUCAGAUUAGGCAAUCACAGCCAUAAAUUUGGGCCGUGGUGUGACUGACAGACAUGAAGAAUACAUGGAACGACACAAUCAGUCAUUGCUACUGAUAUGAUGGCUUUCAAAGGACUAGGGCUGAGUUAGGCACGAGGAAAGAAAACUGUAAACAAACAUGCUGUAUUUACUGUACUAUACUGUAUUUUUUUGCCUAUCCAGAUGCUAUGAUGAAUGAUAUGCUAAGAUAAUAGAUACUCACUGGUUGGUAUUACUCACUAAUAUUUCUCUCACCUUCAGUCCGUCAUUGUCGUCCCACUAUGUGGCAUCGUAAAGGGAGGGAUAAUGUUAACAAGAGAUUAUCAAAUUUUUCCUCCGUUUCACAAUCACAUCUUCAAACACCAGCUUUAUUACUCUAAUUUCACAUUGCCAUUUGGUUUGUUUACAUUUGUGACUUCUAGUCAGUAUCACUGAUUUUAUCAACCAUAGUCGACUUUUUGUCUGGAAGUUGUGUGGUGUCUCACAGGUGUUCUUGAUUGUCGUUCAUUAUGAAACACUGCACAAUUUGGAAAGAGAUUUUUCCAUGCCGAAGGGUCCAAGAAUCCAAAACCCCCAUGACUGUCAGACCAGGCAAUAAUUAUGCCAAGAAGGUGCCGUCUGACUCCAGUUUUAGUUAAGAUCAGAGUAGAGGAACUCAUCUAAGGGCACAAAAAUCUUGCCUCUUUAACCGAUAUUUUUACUACAAAAAGAAUUGUUGCCCUUUUUUUCCUUUUUAUAUCUUGAGAUCUGAUAUUAACCUGGACUUGUAAGGCGAAUGUAGCAUGUAAUGAGGUAUUUUUCACUUGCUAAGAUUUGCAUUUUUGCUAUGUGUUCCUUGUAAGUUUAUACACAAGAGUUGGUUAUUGAGACACUGACAAACCUAGACAGUAAAGAAAGUUUUUGAGGGGGGGGUUAGUAACUUUUGGGCUUUUAUAAUCUUUAUUUAGAAAAGACAGUGGACAGAGUUGAAAUCAGGUGGAGAGAGUGGAGAAUAACAUGCAGGAAAGGAGGCAAAAGUUAGAUUUGAACCAGGACCACCCCAGGGAAGGACAACAGGCUCUGUACAUUGGGCGCGACCUAACUGCUAGGCCAUCAGCGCCAGAAGAAAGCCCCAAAAUAACUUUACGACAUUGAAAUGUGGAUCUGUUUUACACAGAAGUAACUAAAAUACACCACUGUUUAGUGUGACUGAAACAGAGAAAAGAACGUGAUGAACUUUUCGUCCCCCAGGCCUCCUUUAAUCAAUUCUUCUGUUACUUACUGGAUUUAAUAUAUUUUCUUUCUCUCCUGACACUAGCUCCUUUGACACUGUGAUCGAGAUGAGUAGCAGUCAGAAUUACGGCCUUAUGCUUUCAGCCUUACCUAUCCUUAAAACUCAAGACCUUUUUACUCUUUUGUCCAUUUCUUAAGUAGUUUAACAGUAGAUGAUUUCUGUAAUUGCUUUCUGAUGAUGGUAAAUAUGAAGUUGAAAAACACAACAGAGAGAGAGAUGUUUCCUGGACAUAUGUUUGGUUGUGUUUUAUAGGGAAAUAAUGUUGUUUGCUUUUCCAAAGCCUUCAAUAAAAUGCA